AAGCUGUGAAACGAAACUUUGAAAGCACGAGAGAGAGAUUUAGAAAAUCAAAAACCUUAAACGGGUUUCAUAAAUUACAAGAUAAAUGAAAUUGAUAUGGAUAAUAUUAAUGUCGAACUUAUGUUUAAUCGACUGUAUUCGAAAUACAUCAUCGUUAGAGUACAAAACUCUGUAUUUCAAACAGAAGGUUGACCACUUUGGAUAUGCGAACUCUGAUGUGUAUAUGCAGCGUUACAUUGUUGCUGACAAACACUGGAGACCUGGUGGACCUAUGUUUUUUUACACAGGAAAUGAAGGAGACAUUUUUAUGUUUGUUAAUAACACUGGUUUAAUGUGGGACUGGGCCCAGGAAUUCAAAGCAAUGCUGGUUUUUGCUGAGCAUCGCUACUAUGGAAACUCUACUCCUUAUGGCAACAGAUCAUAUGAUAAACUGCAGUAUUUGGGCUACUUGACCUCCGAGCAAGCUCUGGCAGAUUUUGCUACCUUGAUAACCUACUUGAAAUCAACAAUUAAAGGAGCAGCUGGUAUACCUGUUGUUGCAUUUGGAGGAUCGUAUGGUGGUAUGUUGUCUGCCUGGCUAAGGUUGAAAUAUCCACAUAUCGUGAUUGGAGCUUUGUCGUCCAGUGGACCCCUUCUUCAGUUUACUGGAUUGACUCCUUGUGGUAUUUUUUCUCAGAUUGUGACCAAAGACUUCCAGCAAGUUUCAUCGACAUGUGUUCAACUCAUCAGGGAUUCUUGGCCUGCUGUUCGUAGGGUGGGAAAAACAAGUGAAGGGUUGAAAUGGCUGACUACAAGGUUUAACCUCUGUGCAUCUCUAACUCAUGAAAGUUUAGAAGAUUUUAUUUUAUGGCUGAGAGAGACGUGGACAUUUCUAGCCAUGACAGAUUACCCUUAUCCUACAAGUUUUCUGGUUCCACUUCCAGCUUAUCCUAUCAAAGUAAGUCCUGGUGACAUUGUUACAAGAAAUAUUUCCUCAUCAAUGGCCGUCAAAACAUCCAUUGCUGCCACAGAAGUCUGCAAGUUGAACAUCUCGGAACCUUUCAGAUUAGUUGUAGUCAGAAAGAGCAAAGAUAGAGACACAAUGUACAGAUUAGUUGUAGUCAGAAAGAGCAAAGUUAGUGACACAUUUUGCUGGAUCUUUUAUAGUAAUGGACUUCUAGACCCGUGGAGUGGUGGAGGGAUCCUGAAGUCCUUGUCUGAAUCCCUGGUGGCUAUAACCAUCCCAGGAGCUACUCACCAUCUUGACUUGCGUUCAGCCAACUCAGCGGACCCACCAACAGUUAUUAAGGCUAGGCUUCUGGAGAAGAUGAUUAUCAAAAAGUGGUUGCAUCAGGCUAGGAGCCUUUGAUGAAAUACAGUCAACAUGUAAGGAUGUUAACGAAAACUUCCAUGCAAGAAAUUUUUACCUUUUUUUUAAAAAAAAGUAAAGACAUUUAGAGUGAUUCAAACGUUAAAUAAAGAACUUUAAUCACUUUGAAACAUAAGUUAA